AUGGCUGAUCCGUUCGCAAUCAUUGGACUUGUCGAUACAGCCUUUGGACUCGGGUGCAAAAUCUACGCCUUCUUCUCCGCUCUUAAAGAUGCGCCGAAGGAAAUUCACCGCUUUCAUGAAGAGCUAGGGGUUUUCAACGCAGUGCUGGAAGACGUGAAACAAUAUGUCAAGGUCUUCACAGGGUCCAGCUUCGCGACGGAAGAUGGGAUCAAGCUGAAAAUUAUCGAGAUGACCUUGAAACAAUGCGAGGCUGAGUUCCGGGAUAUUUAUGAUGCAAUCAAAACCCAGGACGAGAAGCUGUCGCUUUCAACUCUGAAAAAGCUCGGAAGCUCUUCAUCUUGGGUUUUUGAUUGUGAUGAACGAGAAAGGUCGACAAAGCGCCUCAGCCGGGCUCGUGAAAGUCUUACCAUCGCUUUCUCCAGUGUGAAUAGGUCAAGAGAGAGUGCAAAGUCUGGAUUCGAGAGCAGAACGAGAGAGGACCAAGAGUCAGACUCGGCUUGA